UUAUUUAUACUUAAAUAAGCGGAAAUAAAGCAUUCUAAUCAAGUUAAAUGAAGAGACUGGACGACAUAGAAGUAACUUAGUCAUGGAAGGUAGAAAGAGCCCUACUAACAAUAUCGGCUUUUCAGCUCAGUUCUCUGUUGAGUCUGAGCAGUGCUGCUUGCAGCCGCUUCUGCAGCCAGGUAGCGGCUUCCAGGAAGACUGCAGCUCCCCGCAUCACCAUCUCAGGAGUUUAAGCCUCUUUGACUUAACAGGGGAUAAUCAAACCCAAGGGCGAAGGGGUCCUGAUGAAGUCUCAUGUUCAAGCGAUGGGGUUCCAGGACCAGACACGCCUGAUCAGAAUAAUAAACGAUUGUUUGAAGCUCUAAGACAUCGAGAUGUGGGACAAAUAGAAAGACUGCUUAAAGCUGGAGCUGACCCAAACGCGACAUGUGGCGUAGACUGUAUAUCAGCCUGUCACCUGGCCGUCUUGAGGUCUGAUGAUGCCCUCUCCAUUCUCCUCGAGGCUGGAGCUGAGAAGAACAGGCAAGAUAGACUUGGGCGGACCCCACUACACCUUGCAGCUUGGACAGGGCACAUCAGGCAGAUUGCCGUCUUGCUUGGCCUAUCUGAAGAUUUACAGAACAGACUUGGGGUAGUAGAUGACAUGAUAGCAACCGAAGAUGAAGUUAGGAAGCUGAGUCAGAACGUCAGGGAUUUGGUGAACGUCGAGUGUGACUUUAGCCCGCGCAACACCCAGCUGCCUUCUUACUGGAACAACACUACAGAUCAUAACUGCAGAGGGGUUGAAAAGGGUCUGCCAGUGCUUCAGCUGGGCUGGACGGCGCUGCACGUAGCGAGCGCGCGCGCACAUCACCGCUGUGCGCGCUUGCUGAUCGCGGCCGGCGCCGACCCUUGUGCGCGAGACCGUGUUGGCAGAACUCCCCUCGACGUUGCUGGCUCCGCCCACUAUUCCAACCACAAUAUUAACUGCCAUGAUUUUACAGAAUUGGUGUCUACACUUAUCAACGCGAACUGCAACAACUUCAGUAGCCAAGACAAGCAGAUGCCUGAAUCACCACUCCACACAGCAGUUGAGUUGGGCUGCUUAAAUGCAGCUACACUGCUCGUGGUUAGUGGAGUGCCACUUCACUGGCUUAAUCGAACAGGCCAAACCGCGCUCCACCUAUGUGUUGAAAAGAAACUUUCGGAAUUUCUGCAGAAUUUAGCAAGGCAUGGAAUAGAUGUGAAAAACAAAGAUAAACAAACGGUACUCCAUAAAGCUGUUUUGGAAGGUUGGGAGACUGGUGUGAGAAUUGCUAUAGAAAAUGGAGCAGACAUCACUGCAAGAGACAACAAACAUGAGACACCAAUACAUUCAGCAGCAAUUAUAGGUAACGUGGAAAUUCUUAAUCAUAUUAUAAGUGCAGCAGCCGAUCAUAAUAUUAUAGAUGCAACCAACAGUCAAGGAGAAACUGCUUUUGUCAAAGCUGUCUUCAACGGCCAUCUUGAAUGUGUGAAAAAGCUUCUUGAAGAAGGAGCUGAUAUUACAAAAACACUGCGAAAUCAAAAUAACCUGUUUCAUAUAGCCGCCGAAAAAGGGUACCAAGAAGUACUCAGAGUCUUAUUAGACCACGACUAUACUAUCACUAGAAGAAUGAUUAACGAUCUGACAGCGGACGACAAAAAAGGUUACGGUCCUAUUCAUUUUGCUGUGCAGAAUAAUCAUCUUGAAUGUGUCCGAACACUUUUAGCUCACAAUGCUGACAUCGGACUAAAAACUAUGGAGGAACAUAAAGGCUCUACUCCAUUACACAUAGCUGCAAGAUAUAACCGUGUGGAAAUCGCAAAGUUAUUAAUAGAUAAUAACAGAGACACUGUACAUUUUAAAAAUGAUAUAGGAUUUACUCCACUGCACUCAGCCGCUCGCUUUGGACAAAGGGACAUGAUCAAACUCCUUCUCAAAGAAGGAGCGGAUUUGGCUUCACGUACAAACAAUUCCACUACAGCAAUAGAUGUGAUUAUGAACCAUUUGUUCAAACCAACAGAGUUUAUGGAGAAUGUCUUUGAUUCGUGCAUUUCUACAAACAAUUUAAGCCUCGAAGAUGCUAAUUGUAAAGUCACAGUUGACUACAAUAUUUUGAAACCAGUAAUAUAUGAAGAAAAUAUGAAAGUGAUAGUUGCGCUUUUACAGACAGGGAAUAAGUAUGACCAGAGACGCCUAUUUAUACAUCCCUUAAUAGAAAGUUUUCUUUAUAUUAAAUGGAUGGAUACGCCGAUACUACUCCUGUUCCUAUUUUUAACAACAAUUCAUUACUUAUUUUUAAUAUCAUUUACCCUUUAUAUCAUGGUUGUAUUUUUGACCAACGAUUUAGGUCAUUAUUCGCCUCGCCAAUAUGUCUGGUCAACAAUCUUGUUCAUCGGUAUAGUCUUGUUAGUUUUACAGGAAACGCUUUACAUAAAAGUGAAAUUCAUGUACUCACGCCAGAUAGAAACUUGGGUGCGGUUUUUUUUCGUAAUCACGGGUCUUAUAGUUCUGUUCACUACCGUAAUGGGUUUAACAGGUGUAGAUAUACCGAGACACAUUGCCUCUGCGGUCAUACUGCUGUCAUGGUUAGACAUGACAUUCCUUCAAUACCACUUUCAUGAUUAUGGCUACUAUGUAUUUAUGAUGGAGAAAGUAACUGCCAGCACUGUGAAGGUAUGGAGUAACCUCUACAUACACUUAUGUGAUGGCCCAGACGACCAUUUAAUUCUCGUGUCCAACAUUGACUUGCAGGUUUUGUUCACUUUCGCCUUCCUGAUAUUGGCGUUUUGUAUUAUCUUCAUGCUCCAGUUCAAGUUUCAAGAGCCAUUCGACGGACCCUUCAGCGCACUCGUGAAAGUCCUAGCAAUGAUGUUUUCUGAACUCGAUUAUCAAACCCUGAUGAAACAAAAUAAAUCCAAAGAGUUCGCUUUGACUGUAUUACGAAUAACUAUGUUUAUAUUUAUAAUUUUCGCAACUAUAGUGACAGUCAUAGCAUCGACCGCUGUGGUUGAUCCUCAAAAAAUAAGAUUGUCAGUUCGAAUCAGAAUAAUGAAGAAACGAAUAGAAUUUUUGGGAUCCCUAGAACUUUUCAUACAAAUGAAAUUCGUUCAGAAAAUCCUGCCGAAGUGGAUGGACAAAAUUUUGAAAGAGAAAAAACGUAAUAUUACUAGAUAUAUUCUGACCCCUAGUGUGCCAAAAUCUAAUCGAGCUGUACCAUGCUCAAUUCGAGAAUCGAUUUGUGCGAUAGCUGAAAACCAAAAUAACAAAGGGAUGACGAAAUAAAGCCAACAAAAGAAAAACUAUCGGCUUUAGGGAAAAUAGAUACCUUGCAGAACUGCCAGAUCGAAGGUAUUAAUUACAGGAAGCCAGAUGUAAAAUUGGCAUGGAACCGCCAUGUUUCUGUUUUGACGCACCAAUGAUAGCUUACCCCACUUACUUUGAUUGCCUAGUUGGUCUAGUUGUCGUAAGGGCGGCUGCUGACUACGAGGUUCGAUUCCCGGGUCGGGCCGAAAUCGCAAAGCAGCCCGGAGAUUGCAAGUUGGUGAUUGAUACACCCGUGAAUCGGAGAGCACGUCAAUGUCAGUGCUGCGCCUGAUUUGACUACGGUCGUGUCGGAUUGCUCCCGUCCCAUCGGGCUAUGAGAGUGAAGGAAUAGUGAGUGUCUGCGCAAGUGCUUGUGCUCCGUAAUAUGUUCUGCGCAGUUGGCUACUCUCCUUACAUGAAAACAGCCGCCGUAGCCGAUAAUCGGCUAGGGCGAC